CAACCUCUAAAUUUAUAAAUAAAUAAUGAUGAAAAAAAAAAGUUGGGAGGGAUCGUCAGCAAUGGAAGCAACUUUGGCUGAAGUGAGGCAGAGCUUCAAAAGUGGUAGAACUCGAAGUGUUGAAUGGAGAAAAAAACAACUAAGAGCACUGAUUGAGCUAAUCCAAGAUAAUGAAGAAAAGCUCUUUAAAGCACUCCUUGAAGAUCUUGGAAAACACCCUGCUGAAGCUUACAGAGAUGAGAUUGGGGUAGUGUUAAAAUCUGCAGACUAUAUUUUGAGCAACGUACAGAAAUGGACAGCCCCUAAAAAGUGCUCAAUACCACUGGUUUUCUUCCCUGCAAAAGGAGAAUUGCAGCCUGAACCACUUGGAGUUAUUCUAAUAUUUUCUUGUUGGAACUUUCCUAUAUCCUUGGCAUUGGACCCAUUGAUUGGAGCAAUAUCAGCAGGGAAUGGGGUGAUUCUUAAGCCUUCAGAUCAAGCCCCAGCAUGCUCUUCUGUUCUUGCUAGUCUUAUCCCUCUUUACAUGGAUUCCAAAGCCAUUAAAGUCAUUGAGGGAGGACCUGAAAUCUGUGAAAAAAUUCUACUCCACAAGUGGGAUAAGAUAUUUUUUACUGGAAGCGCGCAGAUUGGGCGCAUAGUCAUGUCUGCGGCUGCUAAGCAUUUAACACCAGUUACUUUGGAGCUUGGAGGAAAAUGCCCCACCAUACUAGAUUCCCUAUCAAACACUUCAGAUUUAAAGGUGGCGGUGAAAAGAAUAGCUGGAGCAAAAUGGGGGCCUUGUAGUGGACAAGCAUGUAUAGCAGUAGAUUAUCUUCUGGUUGAGGAAAACUUGGCUCCAACUUUGAUUGAAAUGUUUAAGAAAACUUUGAAGAGAUUUUAUGGUGAGAAUCCAAUAGAGUCAAAGAGCAUAGCCAGAAUAGUAAACAGGCGCCAUUUUGAGAGACUAACAAGUUAUCUCAAGGAUCCUCUUGUUGCAGCCUCAAUUGUCCAUGGUGGCUCUUUAGAUGAAGAUAACUUGAUCAUUGAGCCAACCAUCUUGUUGGAUCCUCCUCUUGAUGCUGCCAUCAUGACUGAAGAGAUAUUUGGUCCAUUUCUUCCUAUAAUCACUUUAAAUAAAAUUGAAGAAAGUAUUGAAUUCAUAAACUCGAGGCCGAAACCUCUAACUAUCUAUGCAUUCACCAAAGAUGAAAAAUUCAAGAGAAGGAUUUUAUCCGAAACAUCUUCAGGAACUGUGACAUUCAACGAUGUUCUGAUUCAAUUUCUAUGUGAUACGCUGCCGUUUGGUGGUGUCGAUCAGAGUGGUUUUGGGAGGUAUCAUGGGAAGUAUUCUUUCGACACUUUCAGCCAUGAAAAGGCCAUCAUGCAUGGAAGUUUCUUCCCUGAAAUUGAGCCAAGAUACCCACCAUGGACAGAGUUUAAGAUGAAGUUUAUCAGACUUGCUUACCGGCUUAAUUACUUUGGCGUUAUUCUGCUUCUACUUGGUCUCAAAAGAUAGAUACAUAUAUAUAGGACCUGGUUGGUAAAACUUCUCACUUUUAGCUUUGUAAAAUAUCUUUUAAGGCAUGAUUGAGUUUACUCAAAAUUUGAGCUUUUACUUUAAAAAAAGUUAUUUCAGCUGAAGCGCUUUGUAAAAAAGUGUUUUUAAGAAGCUAAAAUUCUAAAAGCUACAAGCUAGGUCUAUAAGGUCCAUAGUCUAUUUUUAAAUAAGAAUAAUGUUACACAUUGUGUAUUUAAUUUUACUCAUGCAUAUUUUUAGGUGGAAAACAUAUUUUUAAUUGUGAUGUUGAGAUUAAAUAUACAUGUAAAUUAAAAAUAUUACAAGUAUUAUGAACAUACAUAGUACUUUAUUUGAGUAUGUCUUAAUACCACAAUUAUUAUGAACAGACAUAGUCCUUUAUUUGA